CCAAACUAAAUAAAUUGAAAUUGCCCUCGUAUGUUCGACCAGAACUACGUUAUGAAGUGGCUUUCAAACUUCAUCCUCCAAAAUUCCCUCCACUACCAAGUGCUGAUUUUGGUGUGGCUCUAAGUCCUCCUUUCCCAGACUGGUUCGUGUGUGGGAAUGCUCUCAAAAUUCUUCAAGAGAGUGCCAAAAAACGCGCUGAACGAGUGGUUCCGACUAAGCAUACCUUGGAUACUUUCAAAGGACAUCUUCAUAUAGAUCUUAAACACGUUCGUGUCCUGACUCCAAUACCUGAAGGUUUGGAUUAAGGCAAUCUUUUUCGACUGACUUUUCUUUUCUUUUACUGAUAUACUGAUUUCAGUCUCAACUACAGCUGUUGCACGAAGGAGGAAGAUUAAAGAAGCUUCUGCCCCAAAAGAGUCUGAGACAUCUAAAAGCGACAAACCAAACGAAAGUGAUUCGAUCGUCACGGAUAAGAAGCCCACGAGCUCGAAACCCCCAACGGGUUCGAAGCGUAAAGCUUCUUCGACCAAUGCCUCAGAUGGUGAAGACAAAUCUCCUCCUCAAACUAGACAAGGACAGAAAAAGAAACACAAAGCUGUUACCCCUUCAAGAAAAGGGAAAAAAGCAAGUCCUUCAAAAGCUGCUUCUCCUGGCAAUAAGGCGUCUUCUGAAGAGUCUCCUUUGAAGACUGCCAGCAAUGCUCUUGUUUUGGAAAGUCAUAACUCAAGCCCAGACAAUAAUCCACCCAAGGUAUCUUGCGUUUGUCUUACAUAUUAUCUUGUAAUUUUAACUAACUAAUUGCACUGGCAUUUUACCUUGUUAUUGCAGGAUGAUGCUGGCACUGCUACUUCUGGUUUCAAAGACCCUGGCCUCACCAUUGAUGUUGAUAAACUUUAUGGUAAUUGUUAAAUUUCAACUUUCGUCAAUUAAAACUUUCGAAGGCUUAACCUCAUGAUUAUCUUGGCUUCGUUCGAAACAGAUACUUCUCAAGCUAGAACCCAUGUUCUCUCACCAGUCUUCGAAGACGUUAGGCCAAUUGCCACUAUAUUGCCUAAUGAGCCAAUCGAAGAAAGCCAAUCUACUGACGAAUCCCCACCUACUCAUCAAGGCAAAGAUUUGGAAGAGGAUCAUCCAUUCUCCGGCAGCGACAAUGUGAACCAGCAAUCACAUGGCAACGAAGAUUCUGCAUCGGAGAAAGAUGCCAUGGAGGAGAUUUCUCAACCAGAAAAACCAAUUUCUCAAGGAACUUCGACUCCCGAUGUAAAAACUAUUCCUGAGACAACUUCGACGCCUGCUCCUACGAAGCCUACUCCUUCGGAGCUUGAACAACUUAAACAAACUGAUCCUCUUGGGUUCCUAAGGGCUAUCAUGAAUGUGAAUACUUCUUCACUUUCGGAGCCUGAUGUCUCUCCAGCUGUAACUGCAGAUUCUAGUGACAAGGAAGAUACUCCUAAUCUUCUUCGACAGAUAAAAGAGAGAUUCUUUGGGGUCAAUCUUGUAGAUGUUCUCAACCGGGACCCUGUUAAAAGCUACAACUUAAAUCAACUUUUAAAGAAAGUAGAUUUGCUUCAAGUUUCCCCAGAAGUCUCAGAGAUGAUUGUUCUGCUAGGCUCUCUCCUUGAACAACUCCAAGCUGACAUUCUUCGAAAGCAAAACGUCGAGAAAGAAUUAUCUGAGAUAGUGGCCUCUCAUGACUCUUCAUGGAAUUCUGCUGUGGAAGCCACAAAACAAGGUGAAGCCCUCAAGCUUAAACAUUCGGCGAAUCAAAAAGCCAUUGAUGAAUAUGAGAAGAAAAUCAGCUCCUGGAAACAAGAAAUAAAAAUGCUCGAGGGCAAGAUAAAGGAAGCUGAAAGUAGCCAAGCAGCCCUCCAAGAAUCUAACCAACAAGAUUUGCUCGAAGUGGUGCAGUCAGGAAUCAAACAUUUCGAGACUGCACAGAAGUUAGUGCCAGAGAUCGAAAAGUUGAAGAAACAAAGGGCACUAAUUGAACUUCGAAUGUCCUCAUGGGAAACUCAAUAUCUGAAGAUCAAAAGGGAUCUCCCUGAGGACUUUAGCUAGAUGUCUUCAAUCUUGUUUCAUUUGUUGGAUUUUUAUUUUGUAAUCGAGACAUAUAAUAUUUGUACGCCUGACUCCCAUUUCUAUCUAUAAUAUUUGCUUGCACUAAUUUUAACAAAUCUUUCAAUUUUCUGCCAAAUAUAUCUUUAGAUUUCCUACAGUGCUUUUAUUAAAUACAACAUGUAGAACCUGAACAUCCUUCGCAGCACUCUUGCCUCUAGACUUGACGUUUCCACUUCUUCUAGCCAUAAUCAUUAUUAAAAGUGACGUCACUUUCUCCAAAACGUCGGUUUUCAGACGUGCGUGCAUCAGUUUAAUGAUUACUUUUCAACUUCCAAGGGCGGGAAACGGCGGAGGCCAUAACUUCUUACUUUGAAAAACGAACCGCAGUCUAAUCACUCAUUAAAAAUGUAAAACCAACCUUCAGUAUUCUCCUUCUAUAUAAAGGGUUCCAUAUCACUUUUAUUUCUUCAUUCAAGUAUUUCUUCCCCAAACCAAAACACAGAAAAAAGAGAAAACACAACUCUUUCCUCUCAAACACCAUUUUUCCCUGAAAUGGCUGGAAUUCUUUCCUUUAACGAUCUCAAAGCUCUCAUCAAGGGUGAGUUCAGACUUGAUGAGGAUGAACUCCUUCGUCAUUUCAUUAACAUUGAAAAUCUCUUUGCUAAUCAGGAACUGAACUUCUACUUUGAGGAAGUCCUGGAGGGUGCCAUCUACCCUAAUAUGGUGGCAGAGUUUUGGAUGAAUGCGUCUUUACGCAUGGACCCUGAAGGUAGAGCCACCAUUGAUUCAUCCGUUCGACAUGCUCACCUUAGCAUUACCCCCACCACUAUUGCCAAUCUCAUAAGAUGCAAUAACACCGGAGCAACUUUUGAUGAUAAUGUUCUCAGCAUGACUACUCAUAUCAUGUUGAGAACACUCAUGGAU